AUGGGAGGCUAUCUAUCAAUGUGUGAGAGCUUGUUGGAGAGGGGGGCCAAACUCAAACAGCACGCCACACAAACAUUAAUGGCGGCAGCUAGUUGUGGCCGUCUUGAUAUACUAAAGUAUCUCGUGGAAAAGCUAGAACAGUCUGCAGGUACUAUAGCGGAUUUAAACGCUGCAUUGAAAGCUGCAGCUGGAGCAGGUCAUCUUGGUGCUGUGGACUACCUACUAGAACAAGGAGCCGACGCCGAUCAUACAGGUUUUACAGCACACAAAAUCAUUCAAGGUAACAUCGUCAUCAAGACAAUUACAGCUUUAGGAUUAGCAUCGUUGAAUGGUCAUCUUUCGGUGGUGGAGCGCCUGGUGGGUAAAAAAGCGCAUAUAACCAGCUCCGCCGGACCUUUCUUCGGCGGUCCCAAAAUUUUACCGGUAUCUGCUCUCCACGACGCUUCUAGAAAUGGCUAUCUAGACAUUGUGGAUUACCUCUUGAAAAAUGAUGCUGAGUUUGAUGAGGAUAUAUCUUACGAUAUGGAAAAUCAGUUAGUAAUACAAUCACCAUUGCAAAUAGCGGCAAGAGUGGGCCACUAUUUAGUUGUGAGGAGGCUACUUGAAGCGGGCGCUGGUGUCGACAGAUCCAGCGGGGGAGAGGGUUCUAUGAGACCACUUGUGUUUGCGUGCGAGGGCGGGCAUCUAGCGGCAGCAAAAGAAUUACUUGAGAAAGGGGCACGCGUAGAUGAGGAUGCUAUCAAGGCUGCAGAGAAAGAUAGUCCUAGUAUGGUGCGAUUAUUGAAAUCGUACAGGAAAGAUAAGGCCUCUCUAUGUAUGUAUAUUACAUGGCUCAUUAUAUCCUGUUUAUAA